AGUGUGGAGCCACGCCCCCACUGACGACGCCGCUGCCGCCGCUGCUGCCGCUGCUCUGGAGCCAGCCCCGCUUGUUCUUACCCAGCCAACAGCAGCAGCAGCAGCAGCAGCGUAGCGGGGCAGGAGUGUGAUCGCUGUCCGGAGCGCAUAGAUGUGCAAAAGCCCUGGAUUAUCCGUGCUCUGGAGAGGCCAGAACCGACAACCGUGGAGGAGAGACUUUCUCUAGCCGCUGAAAGGGACCGAGCCUCGGUGGAAGCAUGGCGGUAGAGGAGGAAGGUCUCCGGGUGUUCCAGAGCGUUAAAAUAAAAAUUGGAGAAGCCAAGAACAUCCCUCCUUACCCGGGGCCGAACAGGAUGAGGGACUGUUACUGCACCGUCAACCUGGACCAAGAGGAGGUCUUCAGGACCAAGAUUAUCGAGAAAUCUCUCUGUCCCUUCUACGGCGAGGACUUUUACUGUGAGAUUCCACGCAGCUUCAGACACCUCUCCUUCUACAUCUUUGACAGGGACGUUUUCAGGAGGGACUCCAGCAUCGGCAAGGUUGCUGUGAAGAAGGAGGAUCUGCAAAAAUAUCACGGCAAAGACACCUGGUUUCAGCUGCAGCCUGUCAGCGCUGACUCAGAGGUGCAGGGGAAAGUGCACCUGGAGCUGCGUCUGAGUGAAGUCAUCACAGACAGUGGAGUCAUCAGCCAUAAGCUAGCUACACGAGUGCUGGAGUGCCAGGGUCUGCCAAUCGUCAAUGGCCAAUGUGAUCCCUACGCCGCCGUCUCCUUACUGGGACCAUCCAGAUCAGAUGCCAAGAAGACCAAGGUGAAGAGGAAAACCAACAACCCACAGUUUGAGGAGACCUUUUAUUUUGAGGUGACGCGACCUUUAAGUUACACAAAGCGGCAGUUUGACGUUGAAGAAGAGGAUGUUGACAAACUGGCACUGAGAGUGGAUCUGUGGAAUGCCAGCAACCUGAAGUUUGGAGAUGAGUUCCUGGGAGGAGUCCGGGUUCCUCUGCGAGUCCUGGGUCAAGUUGGUGUUCAUGAUGCAUGGUACUUUCUCCAGCCGAGGGAAAACGGAGGGAAGUCGGUGAAGGUGGAGGAGCUGGGCUCUCUGCGACUGAACAUCGUUUACACCGAAGACCACGUCUUCCCAUCUGAAUAUUACACCCCCCUCAGAGAUCUGCUGCUGCACUCCGCUAACGUGGAGGUACAGCGCGUGGGCGUGCAGUUAGCUCAGACCUCAACAAUCUGCUGCGAUUCAAACGUAACAUCUCUCCAUGUCCAGCCUGUGUCUGCGUCCACUGCUCACAUCCUGGGUGAGGUCUGUCGAGAGAAACAGGAAGCUGCCGUUCCUCUGGUGCGUCUCUUCCUUCACUGCGGAAAGAUCGUGCCGUUCAUCAGCGCCAUCGCUCACACUGAGGUCAACCGCACACAGGACCCAAACACCAUUUUCCGUGGGAACUCGCUGACGUCCAAGUGCAUCGAUGAGACCAUGAAGUUGGCCGGGAUGCACUACCUGCAAGUCACCCUCAAACCGGUCAUAGACGAGAUCUGCACGGAACACAAGCCGUGUGAGAUCGACCCGGUCAAACUGAAGGAGUCGGAGAACCUGGACACAAACCGGGAGAACCUGCGUCAGUACGUGGACCGAAUCUUCAACGUCAUCACCACCUCGGGGGUCCGCUGCCCCACUGUUAUGUGCGACAUCUUCUUCUCCCUCCGAGAGUCGGCCGCCACCAGGUUUCAAGUCGACCAGGACGUCAGGUACACAGCAGUGAGCAGCUUCAUCUUCCUGCGUUUCUUCGCUCCGGCCAUCCUCUCCCCGAACCUCUUCCAUCUACGACCACACCAUCCAGACCCUGCCACCUCACGAACUUUGACCCUCAUCUCAAAGACCAUCCAGACCUUGGGAAGUCUCGCGAAGUCUAAAUCUGCCAGUUUCAAGGAGUCCUACAUGGCUGCAUUUUACGACUACUUCAACGAGCAGAAGUAUGGCGACGCUGUGAAGAACUUCCUGGACCUCAUCUCCACCUCAGGGAAAUGGGAUCAGAAGAGUAUCGAAACGCCGAUCAUGCUGAAGGAGGGGUUCAUGAUAAAACGGGCUCAGGGCAGGAAAAGGUUUGGAAUGAAGAACUUCAAAAAGAGGUGGUUCCGUCUCACCAACCAUGAGUUCACCUACCAUAAAACAAAAGGAGAGGGCGCUCUGUGCAGCAUUCCCAUAGAGAACAUCCUGGCUGUGGAGCGACUGGAAGAGGAGUCGUUCAAAAUGAAAAACAUGUUUCAGGUGAUUCAGCCAGAGAGGGCGCUCUACAUUCAGGCCAACAACUGCGUGGAGGCUCGCGAUUGGAUCGACAUCCUGACAAAGGUCAGCCAGUGUAACCGCAAACGCCUGAGCACCUACCACCCCUCAGCCUACCUCAACGGACACUGGCUCUGCUGCAAAACCUCCUCAGACACGGCGCCCGGCUGCACGCCCUGCACCGGCAGCCUUCCAGCAAACAUCCAGCUGGACGUGGACGGUGACAGGGAGACGGAGAGGAUUUACUCGCUCUUCAGCACGUACAUGUCCAAAAUGAUCAAGAUGCAAGAGGCCUGUGGCAGCAAAUCGGUGUACGACGGUCCUGAACAGGAGGAGUACUCCAGCUUCGUCAUCGAUGACCCCCAGGAGACCUACAAGACCCUGAAGCAGAUCAUUUCAUCGGUGCAGACCCUGGAGCAGCAACACACCAAAUACAAACGGGACAAGUUCAAAAAGACCAAGAUCGGCAGCCAAGAGCAUCCAAUAGGAGACAAGAGUUUUCAGUGCUACAUCCGCCAGCAGUCUGAGAGCUCCACCUACUCCAUCUGACCACAGCCCUGAUGGACUCUUUCUACGAUGCCUACAACCAGCAAAUAUUUCCUCCACUGCAAAAAAAAAAAAAAAAGUCAGGACUGAAAACAGGAGUCACGGUGAGUUGUUUACGACACGGCGGCCGCGUCUGGACGAGUAUCAUGUUUUUAUUCCUGGCUGUGGAAACGUGUGGUACUGCAAGACAACGUCCGGCGGCUCGUCCACCGAGGUUUUGAGAUCAUUCAGGGUGGAAACCAGAAAGUUCUUUCACCUGUUUGAUUCUGGCGAGAGAAGAUGAAAAAUGUUUUCACUGGACGGUGGUGACAGUGAUCUUCAGGCACUUUAGUCGUCUCUGAAUCUGCAGGAAACAGGAACAAGGCUUGCAGCACACUUUUAAAAACAUUUUUAUUUUAUCUCAGAUUUGUUUUUGCAUAUUUUAAAAAUGUAUCCCGUUCUGACCAAACUGAGAAGGAACGGACCAGACGUUUGGACGCAUUUGUUCUGAUUUUAGUUCAUGGUUUUAUUGUUUGACUUCCUGACCUUCUCAGGAAGAAAGUGAAGGUCAGAAGGACACAAGAAGGGAACAUCAGGACCAAAGUGGCCAAAACGGUGUUGGUGAAACUAAAACCACUCGUCUCUUCAUCGCCUCCUUUUUUCUUACGGUGACAUCAGAGGUCAAGGUUUAACGUUUGACCUCUCUCCUCUGGUUUCUGACUCCUGUGUCAGACUGGUACUGGACCAGACAAACCCACGUUUGUCAGUGAUGCUGAAGAAGAAGAAGAAGAGUUUUUUUCAGGGAAUUAAAAAAAUGUAUCGUUUUUAUAGAUAAGUAGAUAUAAAUAUUUAUGAUUUUAUAAGAGAAAGUAUCGUUACUGCAUUCUGACGUGUUGGUCUGUUCACACGGACAAUAUUCUAUAAAGUUUAUAAUCAUCACAACGUGCUAAGUGCUAACAGCCAUAAAUGAGAUUAGGCCUAAAAAAUGGCUUAAUGUUAGCUUAGCAUUAACAAAACAAACAAAAAUACAAUUUCUAAUUUUGCUUUUCAGUUUUUAAUUUCAGGGGAAAUAUUUUUUGAUGGCUAAUUUGGUUUGUGUAUUUAGAUAGUACUUAGCUUCUGUAUAUCUGGACUGGAUUUGAGCUUUGAUUUUUGGUAAAGGUUUAAUUUUUCAGUUAGAAAUUCCUGUGCCAAACUAAAGUUAUAAUUUGGAAAAGUUUAAAAACUGUUUAGUUAACUAUUAUUUUUUUCCUUAAAUUAAGUUCACAUUCAUUUCUUGGGCUAGCGUGGCUAACUAGCAGUUUGGCUAACUUUGUGACUUCUUCUUGGUUCAGCAUUCGACACGGUUCAGACCUGGGUUUGUUUUUUCGUCAAUACUAGUCGUCACACAAUCUGUUCUAACCCCGCCCACCAAAACUGAUGCUUUGGGGCCCUCUCCUGUGUGGAUUGUGUUACUGCAGCAGAGUCAGCCGUUUGAUUCUGUUUGUAGUUUUCUUUAGUCUUACUCUGGAAAAAUCGCCCUGGUAGUUUAAUCGUUAUUCAAAUGCAUUCCAUGGGAAACUGCCUGCUGUGAGUCUGGACUGGGCCGGACCCCGGGGACUUGUUAAAGGUACAGAGCUGUUCUUGAGAACCUUGGUUUUGUGAACCAAACUUAGAUGUCCACGUUCGUCAGCACCACAAAGAGGAAAAGACCAAAGGUCCUGUGAAGUACAGUUGAGGUACAGUUCUACUGUGAAAAUGCGUACCUGGUUACGUAGCCUCACAACCAACAAGUUAGUGUGGACCCUAUGUGGGUCAAGUGGACUAAAUGGGUACAAACCUAUAUAUUAAUAUAUAUAUUUUUGGCCUACAUCUGGCCCAGAUGAAGCCAAUAUGAGUCUGACAUUGAAGUGUGGUUUGAUGUCAUUGGGCCAGUAGAUGUGGGCCACUUCAGAUAACAGGAAGAUUAUAGAUUGCCAAAAUAUCAAAUGUUUGCCACUAUGCCGUCCCAGGUGUUGGACAGUACUUGCCAUUACUGCCAGAAAGAUCCCCCCCUCAUCCCUCCACCUAUCGAAUCUGCUUUUAGUUUAGAAAGGCAGUAAACGGGUGGGUCGCAAUCCACAUCCCAGCCAACACAGUCCAGAUGGGCUUCGGGAGAAGCAGCUACACUGGGCAUGGAGUUAGUCAGUGGUUUCCAAAGUAGGGGGUGGACCCCCGUGGGGGACAUGAGGCUACUGCCGGGGGGGGGUCACAUGGAUGCCAUUUUCAAUCAUUUCUGUAAUUGUGUCAAAAAAACAAAACUGCACUGACUUGUUAUUUUAGUUCCUUUGUUUGAUGAAAGGAACCGUUUUAUAGGAAAUACAGUUUUGUACGAAUACAAAACAAUCAACAAAAGGGGGGGGGGGUCAGAAAAAAGUUUGGGAACCAGUGGUUUGGGUGAAUUGUUUCAGUUAGUCUCUUAUGGAACCUGGGUUAGUCUGGACUGCUGCAGAGGUAGUACCCCUGCCUGCCGCCAGAGGGCUCCAGGUCUGAUAUGACCCUAAAUUAAAUUAAAUGUAAGUUUGUUUCAGGGUUCAAAUCUCUGCCAGAUCACGACGUGGAUCAUGACCGGGACGACCCCGGAGUUCUGUCCAUCUUCUGUCCCAUGUAGAACCUGAAGACAAUCCUGAUUUAGUCUUGACUUUUCUGCUCUUUGAACCUCCACCUCCAUGGGCUUCACACAUGCUGGCUGGGAUGGAACCGGUGUACAGGGGGGGUCAGAAA